AUGGUUCCAAAGGCCGCCACUGGUGACUGGCGCCCCUGCGGUGAUUACAGGGCCCUGAACAACGUUACUGUCCCGGACCGCUAUCCUGUCCCACAUCUUCAGGAUUUUGCCGGUGCCCUAUUCGGCAAGUCUGUAUUCUCGAAGAUCGAUCUGGUCCGUGCUUUCCACCAAAUUCCCAUAGCCCCGGAGGACGUUUCGAAGACGGCCGUUACCACCCCCUUUGGCCUCUUUGAGUUCCUGCGCAUGCCGUCUGGACUUCGCAACGCCUCCCAAACCUUCCAAAGGUUCGUAGACAGAGUGCUUCGCGGCCUACCAUUUGUCUACGCUUAUAUCAACGACCUUCUGGUAGCCAGCUCCACCGCCGAAGAACACAUGGAGCAUCUGGCAACGGUGUUUGACCGCCUUCAACAAUUUGACUUUGUUCUCAAUUCGUCCAAGUGCGUCUUCGGUGUGCCCUCCCUAGAAUUUCUCGGUCAUCUGGUCGACUCCCACGGCAUUCGGCCUCUUCCCUCAAAGGUUGCCGCCAUUCGGGACUUUCCACCCCCUACCUCGAAGCGUCAGUUGCAACGGUUUCUUGGUAUGGUGAACUUUUAUCGCCGGUUUCUCCCAAACUGUGCCGACACCAUCCUACCUCUGACCAAUCUCCUCUCAGGUUCUAAACGCAACUUUGAACUUACACCAGCAGCACUCACGUCAUUUGAGCAGGUAAAAGCCCUUCUGGCUGACGCCACCCUCCUGACUCACUUUCACGCUGAUGCAACCAUAUCUUUGAUGGUCGAUGCCUCCAAUGUUGCUGUUGGCGCGGUUCUUCAACAAAGUCUGCCGGAUUCUACCGUGCCUUUGGCUUUCUUCUCCAAGAAACUAUCCAAAGCCGAAACCCGCUACAGCACAUUCGGACGGGAACUUCUCGCCGCUUAUCUUGCCGUAAGGCACUUCCGGCAUUUACUCGAAGGUCGAGAGUUCACAAUUUUCACUGAUCAUAAGCCACUCACGUUUGCAAUACAUUCCCACUGUGACAAGCUAAGCCCCCGGGAGAUCCGUCACCUGGACUACAUUUCGCAGUUCACUUCAGACAUCCGCCAUAUUGACGGGUCACGGAAUGAGGUGGCUGACGCACUCUCAAGGCCCUCUAUUGCUCAUCUUAAGAUUUCACCCGGGAUAGACCUCGCUGAGAUGGCCGCUGAACAACGCCGUGUCGGUCCACCCUGUGAUGAGGAUGUUUCCGGACUCCAACUUCAGGAACUACCACUGACGACUGGCAACGGCACCAUUUUAUGCGACGUAUCCACCCCUUCCCAUCGCCCAUUUGUGCCACCAUCCCUCCGCCGUAAAGUUUUCUCCUCCCUGCACAACAUCUCUCACCCUGGGAGUCGAGCAACCGACAAGCUGGUUUCCGACCGCUUCGUCUGGCCUGGAAUGCACAAGGACCUGAAAGCAUGGACACGGGCGUGUCUCGGCUGUCAACGGAAUAAGGUCCGACGGCACAACAAAACUCCCAUUGGCACCUUCCCUACUCCGGACGCACGGUUCAGUCAUAUCCACCUGGACAUCGUAGGCCCCCUGCCUCUGUCCAAUGGCUGCUCCUAUCUCCUUACCUGCGUGGAUCGAUUCACCCGGUGGCCGGAAGCUAUUCCACUGCCUGAUGUCGCAGCUCCAACGGUCGUCAAGGCUUUCCUCAGUCGUUGGGUUGCCAUUUUCGGUGCUCCCUCCAUUAUCACGACUGACCGUGGUGCCCAAUUUGAGUCUCACCUCUUCCAGCCUUUACUCUCCUUUUUAGGCUGUACUCGCAUCCGCACUACAGCCUAUCAUCCGGCAGCCAACGGGAUGGUCGAGCGGUUUCACCGUCAGCUGAAGGCCUCCCUACGCGCCGCAGACGAUCCGGAGAACUGGACAGAACACCUCCCCCUAGUCCUCUUGGGCAUUCGCUCCUCCCUCAAGUCGGACCUUGAUUGUUCCGCAGCUGAACUGGUGUUCGGCUCCAUCGUCCGACUCCCCGGUGAGAUGAUCUCGCCAACCCCGCAAGGUGCAUUUGAAGAUCCCACCAACCUCCUGCAUCGCCUCCGGCAAUUCCUACGGACACUUUCUCCGGUUCCGCCCAGGCCAUCCGUCUCCGAAUCUUACCUCGAGAAAGAUUUGGCGACAUGCUCUCACGUCUAUCUGCGAUGUGAUCGAGUCCGCCGGCCCCUGGAAGCACCCUACGAUGGCCCCUUCCGAGUUAUCUCUCGUGAGACGAAGAACUUCCGCAUCCAACGCGGCACUCGCGAGGAGGUCGUGAGCGUGGACCGUCUCAAAGCUGCCGUCCCGGACACUCCUCCGGAUGAGCCCUGUGGUCCCCUACCCCCUGCUCCGCCUACCCGACCCUGUAUUCCACCGUCCCGUAUACUUCCUCUGCCCUCAUGUCCACAACUCCCAACUGCAACUACCCCUUCAUCAACAAACAACACUGUAACCGCGAGCCAUAUUCACUCUAAUCCUGUGCCCCCUGUAUAUAUCACCCGUAGUGGACGCCAUGUUCACUUUCCUGACCGUUUCGUUACUCAUGUUUUUAGACAUCAACAGUUCCUUCGGUAUCGCUACGCGCCACCUUCGGUCUAG